UUCUGAUUCAGUUACUUGUCUUUACAGUUUAUUUUGUUCCCAAUUUUCUCCUUUUUUAAAAAUUGUUUUUCCUACCUCUCAGAUGCAGACUAUAAAGCUCGUCGUGGUGGGUGAUCGUGAUUCAGGAAAGCAUGAAUUGCUCCUGACCUAUACAGGCACAGCCUUAAAGGAAGAACACAUACCCAUAGUGUUUGACAGGUAUGCUGUGACAGUGAUUAUUGGUGGAGAGAUAUACAGUCUGGAAUUAAAUGACACUACAG